AUGGAUUUAAGCAGACGCAGCAUCCUUGCGAUUUCACAACUGCACAAUCAUCGCAACUUUAUAUUGUUACGACUUUACAAUUAUCACAAGUUCGCAUCCGCAAGGAGUCAUCAUAACCAUCACACCCGCCCCAUCCCCUUCCUCCCCCCUAAACAUUCCAACAAAAAUCCACAACAAACAAUCUUCCAUUACUAUCAAAAACAAUACAAAACGUCUACCUAAUCUACCUAACCAUCUCCCUCGCAUCCCCACAUCCCCGCAUUUCUCAAUUUGGUCCAUUUAUGAACAAUAUCAACAACAACAACACAACACCUCUAUAAUGUUAUCCUCUUUGU